AUGGGGGAGAAGGGAGAGGCGGGGCCACAAGGUUCUGUCGGUCCCAAAGGAAACAGCGGGAAAGUGGGAGCACGUGGCUUAGUGGGAGCAAAAGGAAUGAAAGGAGUCGAUGGAUCUAAAGGAUCGAAAGGAGACCAAGGGGCAGCAGUUAAAGUCAACUGGAAACAAUGCGUGUGGGACAGAGAAGACAGCAAAGACAACGGAGUUAUUCAGGAGUGCAGAUUUACAAAACGAUCUGGAAAUUCUGCACUGCGUGUAGCGUACGCUGGAAACUUGAGAGUUUACUGUGGCAGUCACUCUGCUUGUUGUUCUCGCUGGUAUUUUACAUUCAAUGGAGGUGAAUGUUCUGGUCCCAUGACCAUUGAGGGUCUUGUAUAUUCUAACAGAAAGGGAGACAGUGUUCAUCGUCACAGGCAGAUUGAGGGCUACUGUGAGAACAUACCAGCAGGUCAGAUCAAAGUUGCAUUUCACGUUGGAAAGUGCGCUAGAUGGACCGGUACCCUAUACGACGCUCACACAGGAUGGGACUCUACAUCUCGGAUAAUUAUCGAAGAGACUUCUCCUGCACAGCAAGAGUAA